AUGCCGAAGAAGCGGAAGAGCGUCUUCGUCACGGUGGGCACGACCCAAUUCGACUCCCUCAUCGAGGCGCUCGACACCCCGGAGUGCGCCGACGCGCUCCGCGGAAACGGAUACGGCAGCGUGGUGAUCCAGCGAGGCAAGGGCACGCGCGAGCUCCCGACGCCGUUGGAGGUGCGCGUCUUCGACUUCGCGCCGUCCCUCGCCGACGAGAUGCUCGCCGCGGACCUGGUCGUCUCGCACGCGGGUUCCGGCAGCGUGUUCGAAGCGCUGGGCAUGCGCAAGCCCCUCCUGGUGGUGGUCAACGACGCGCUCAUGGACAAUCACCAGGCUGAGCUGGCGGAGGAACUGGGCAAGCGGGGGCACCUGCGGUGGUGCGAAUCCGGCGGGCUGGCGAACGCGAUCGCGACGUUCGACCCGCGGGGGUUGACGCCGUACGAGCCGGGGGAUCCGAGCGGCAUAGCGAGGGCGCUCGACGACGCGCUCGCGUGA